AUGUCAUCAGCAGAAUUCUCAAUGGACGAUUUUGAAGAUACUUUUGACUCAAACGCAACUAUCUCUACUAAAGAUUUAUUUGAAGGUUCAGAUAGGUUACCAUUAAAUCAAAGUAUAAAUACAACAAUUCAAAAUUUAUAUUUACCAAAUGGUGGAUUUGCAAUUGGCGAUCAAAGCCAACAACAAUAUUACCAAGCAAUGCCACCAUUAAACCAAAGUGAUCAAUUCAAUUUAGGAAGAUCAAAUAAUUUGACACCAAGAACAAAUCAACUUCAACAACUUCAACAACAACAACAACAACAACAACAACCACAACAACAACAACAACAACAAACAUAUGGUACUCAAUCACCAAUUCAUAUGUCACAAACUCCUUCAAGUCCUUUAUCAUCUCCAUUACCAAGUCCAACUCCAUUCAGUAGACAACAAAGUUAUAACAACAACAAUAGUAAUAAUACUUCAUCAUCACAAAAUUAUAAUAAUAAUAACAUUAACAUCAAUAACAAUAACAACAAUAACAAUACAAACAAUAACAACAACAACAAUAAUGGUAACAAUAGUAAUGGUAACAAUGGUAAUAAUAAUAACAACAACAACAACAAUAACAAUAACAAUACUAACAAUAAUAAUAAUAAUAAUCAACAACAACAACAACAACAACAACAACAACAACAACAACAACAACAACAACAACAACAACAACAACAAGGUAAUCCAAAUUUAAGUUCACCACAACCAAUUCUUGAUACAAUUUAUAAAUUAUUAUCAGAACAAGAACAAACAUUAGUUCAAAUGAUUCAUGAACAAUCAUUGUUAUUAAAUAGGUUACCACCAACAUUGGAUGAAAAUUCAUUAGCACCACUCAAAUCAUUAUCUCAAAAACAAAUCACAUUAUCCGGUCAAAUGAAUACUGAAAUGUCAGCACUUGAUGCCACUAAAAAAGGUAUGAUCCUUGAACCAACAGAUUUAGCAAAAUUAUUUGCUUUAAAACAAGAUUUACAAAUUCAAUUUAAACAAUUAAGUUUAUUACAUAAUGAAAUUCAAUCAAUUUUAAAUCCACAACAUUCUGCACCAAAACCAAAUGUUGCACUUGUAUUAAAAUCACAACCAUUCCCAGUUGUAAUUAGUAAAGGUAAACAAUUAGGUGAGAAUCAAUUAGUUGUAUUAGUAUUAACUGGAGCAAGAUCAAACUUUCAUAUAAAUGGACCAGUUAAAGCAACAAUGAUUUGUGAUUCACAUCCAACCAAUAAAAAUAAUCCAACUACACCAUUGGAAAUGGAUUCACAACCAAUUUAUCCAGCAACAUUGACAGCACAUUUCCCAUUGAAAUUCUUGGCUGGUACUAGAAAGUGCUCUGUCAAUUUGAAAUUUGGUGUAAAUAUUCGUGAUUUAGAUAAUGUUACCACAACCGUAGAGAGUGAUGCAUCCAAUCCAUUCGUUGUUAUCACCAAUGAAUGUCAAUGGGAGGGUAGUGCUGGUGUAUUAUUGAAAAAGGAUGCUUUCGAUGGUCAAUUGGAAAUCACUUGGGCUCAAUUCAUCAAUACCCUUCAAAGACAUUUCUUAAUUGCCACUAAACAAGAUCCUGUAAGACCAAAACGUCCACUCUCUUCCUAUGAUUUGAAAUAUAUUCAAACUCAUUUCUUUGGUAAUCGUUCAAUCAUUCACCAACAAGAUUUCGAUAAAUUUUGGGUUUGGUUCGGUAAAUCAAUGCAAACUCUUAGAUAUCAAAGACAUAUUUCAACUUUAUGGCAAGAAGGUAUCAUUUAUGGUUAUAUGGGUAGACAAGAAGUUAAUGAUGCUUUACAAAAUCAAGAUCCAGGCACAUUUAUUAUAAGAUUUAGUGAAAGAAAUCCUGGUCAAUUUGGUAUUGCUUAUAUUGGUGUUGAAAUGCCAGCUCGAAUUAAACAUUAUUUGGUUCAACCAAAUGAUACUGCUGCCGCAAAGAAAACUUUCCCUGACUUUUUAUCAGAGCAUUCUCAAUUCGUAAACUUACUUCAAUGGACUAAGGAUACAAAUGGUGCACCAAGAUUUUUAAAAUUACACAAAGAUACUGCUUUAGGUUCCUUUGCUCCAAAAAGAACAGCUCCUGUACCUGUUGGUGGUUAUGAACCUUUAAAUAGUUAA